UCAAGAGGAGCUGAGCAUAGCUGUGCUGGUCCAGGCUGACCCAUACGGGACCCUUUUCAAGAGUCAGGAACACUUAGACCGGUGCACCUUUUAGUGCACUCACUGCGAACUACGGACAGGCUUGGAGCCACACACACACACGCACAGAACUCUCUCCUCUUUGGAUUCGCUCACCAGUUCUGGACAGAACUUUUCUUUUACACGCCUUUAUAUCCACGGAACAUUGAUCUCUGAUUCAUUGAGACCGAUUUCUAUUUUUCUUUGGUUGGCAUCGACACAUCCAGGAUGUAUUCUCUGGUUAGUUUGAGACGGAUCGUGUCUACUCUGUUUGUUGUCCUCUCCAGUGCUGCCGCGAUGGUAAAGAGCGACUGCUCGGCCCGGUGCUCCUGCCCCACGUUGCCCCCCUCCUGCCCUCCAGGGGUCAGCUGGGUGACGGACGAGUGCGGCUGCUGCAAGGUGUGCGCCAGGCAGUUCAACGAGGACUGCGGCGCCAGCCAGCCCUGCGACCACAUCAAAGGCCUGAACUGCCACCUGGGGACGGGAGGCGACCCCGAGAGGGGACUGUGCCGAGCGGACGCCCAGGGCCGCCCCUGCGAGUUCAGCGGGCGUGUGUACCAGCACGGCGAGGACUUCCAGCCCAGCUGCCAGCACCAGUGCAGCUGCAUGGACGGGGUGGUGGGCUGCAUGCCUCUCUGCCCACAUCAGGUGCCCCUCCCUGACUGGCGCUGCGCCCGGCCCCGGCUGGCCCGGCCCUCGGGCCGCUGCUGCGAAGAGUGGGCGUGCGACGACGACAACCACAUCAGCGAGGAGCCAGGGGAGCCCCCGCGAGCCACCCUGCCCCACCCGAGGCCCCUCCCCAACCACAUCAGCACCCAGCUCCAGGCCCAGGCUCUGCCUCACUACCAGGCCAGCGCUGGCGUCACUUUCCGGGGUGAGACACCACGUCGAACGUCAAUGUUCUUAAGUUUGCUUUCUGUGUUUUCGCUACUUCAAGGGUUGCACAUACUGUACUGUGUUGUCCCGGUCGGGAACCUGUCUUGGCUGAAGCCUAAUGUCUCUUUCCCCCAUCCCCUCCCAGAGGUUCUGUCCCUCCCCAAGUCAGAGGUGUUGCUGAGCCCCAGGUGCCUCCUGCAGACCACAGACUGGACGGAAUGUUCCACCACGUGCGGAAUGGGCAUCUCAAGCAGAGUGACCAAUAACAAUCCAGAAUGCCGGUUGGUCAGAGAGACUCGGCUGUGUCAGAUUCGCCAGUGUGAACUGCAGCUGGAACUCCCCGUCGGCCUGAAGAGAGCAAAGAAGUGCCAGCGUACUGUCCGCCCUCAGGAGCCAAUCAGGAUCACCUUCGCCGGAUGCUCCACGGCCCGGCGGUACCGCCCGCGCUCCUGCGGCGCGUGCACAGACGGCCGCUGCUGCGUGCCCUCCCUCACCCGCACCGCCCGCCUCCGCUUCCUGUGCCCGGACGGCGAGGGCUUCACCCGCAACGUCAUGUGGAUCCAGCGCUGCAGCUGCAGGAAGAGCUGCCAGGGUCACGGCGCCCCCUCCAGGCCUGGAGUCAGCCUGCACAACGACAUCCACACCUUCAGGCAUUGAGGCCAAGCCAACCCAUGAAAAUCCCCUCCACCCCCCCCCCCCCCCCACCCCCCCUGUACCACACCUAUAACCCCACCCUCCACCUAGCCAAGGGAAGCCACCCCCCCCCCACCCCCGCCCACCUCCAACACAUCCCGACUCUGCCGGAGAAAGAAGGCCCCGGAUGGGUAGAACUGCUUGCACUUUGCACUUCCUGCCAAGAUGACACCAGUUUCCACAUGUAGGAGGUUGGUGGCUGGGACUUUGCAGCCAGCUCCAGUGCUCCCUUCAUGCUGGUGCCCCUGUAGCAGAACUAUACAAGAGAGUCUGCAGCACUGAGCACCACGGGACAGCAUAAAUCAAUAAGUCAUAUGUAAAUGAUCCCUUUUGGAUGUCAGCUUUGAUCUCUUUAUUUAUUCUUUGGUGUUUUUUGUUUUGUUUUUGAAGUAUUGCCAAACUCCUCUAUAACCACAGAGGGAAAAGGGAAUGGAGUGUGUAUGCUUUUGUACAACGGGAAUAUGACUUUGUGUCAUGAGAAAAUGUAGCUUGGGACAGCGAAUGUGUAUGAACAUGUAGGUCGUAUUUUUGAUACAUUGAUGGUAGAUAUAGGACCAGUUACCAUACUACAUAUUCAUCAAUGAUUGUAAUUAACUGUAUUUUGUUGUAAGUCAUCAUUUGCCUGUUUGUGUGUAUGGUUUGUGUGUGUGUGUGUGUUUCUACCUGUCUCCAGAAGUCUAUCGUUUUGAAUGGAAAAUGUGUGGCAUUGAGAUUUUACGUGUGACCAUUUGUAUGUCAAUAUAUAAAGAAUAUAGUUUAGUGUACAGACUUCACUCUAGUGGAGUGACUAUUUUUGGAGAUCACCUCAUUUUUCGGGGUGUGUUUUAAGUGCCUCAUAGUAUAAAGUCUUUCUUGUACUGGAGGAAAGAUUCAUUAAAGUAUGUCAAUGUUG